CUUCUAACAGGCAGAACCCUGACUGGGACAAGCUGUGCCGGAGUGAUGGAGACAUCUCUCUGCCUGUCUGGGUAUCAGCGGCAUAUUUAGGGAGAAAAUGGGAAGUGAUCGCUGGAAGAACAUUGGCGGGGCUCCCCAGAUAGAGGACACAGUGCAGGAGAAGUCCCAGAGAACAAGCUGUGGUUACAUCCUUUGCACAGUGCUGCUAUCCGUUGCCGUCCUCCUCGCUGUAACAGUAACGGGAGCUGUCCUGUUUAUGAACCACUACCAUGCUCCAUCCACUGAACCGCCACCAGUCAUCACCACCAACAUGGAAGAUCCCAAUGCUCUGGUGACAAUUGAAAGAGCAGACAGCUCCCACAUUAGCAUCUUUAUUGACCCCAACUGCCCGGACCCGUUCCCUCGACUGGAGGGACUGCAGUCUUCCCUGCUCUCUGCCCUUGCUGAUCACGACUCUGAGCAGAAGGUGGCAGGAGGUCAGGAGCGGGCUCUGCUUGCCGGGUUAGCUGACCAAGUUGCUCAGUUGGUAUCACAAGUGUCUAGGCAGCGGGCAGACUGGGAGACCCUACGGAAGGGACAGAAUGGAAUUGGAGCAGAACUGGAUGCCCUGCAGAGUGAGCAAGGGAGACUCAUACAGCUCCUCUCAGAGAGUCAGAGCCACGUGGCACAGCUGGUCAGCUCAGUCAGCGAUGUGCUGGAAACUGUACAGAGAGAGUUGGGCUCCGCAAGGCCUCGACUGAAGGCCGAUCUCCAGCGAGCACCAACCAGAGGCUCCCGACCGCGCAGCUGUGCAAAUGGGUCCAAGCCUCGCGAUUGUUAUGACAUUUACAUAAGCGGACAGCAGGAGGAUGGAGUAUAUUCUGUGUUUCCCAUACACUACCCCUCGGGCUUCCAGGUCUACUGUGAUAUGACAACUGAUGGAGGAGGGUGGACGGUGUUUCAGAGAAGGGAGGAUGGAUCUGUGAACUUUUUCCGUGGAUGGGAGCAGUACAGAGAUGGCUUUGGCAAGCUGACGGGGGAGCACUGGCUCGGCCUCCAACGAAUUUACUUGCUGACUAUGCAGGCCCAUUACCAGCUCCGUAUUGACCUGGAAGACUUUGACAAUGCCACAGCUUUUGCUCAAUACAACAACUUUGGCGUGGGCUUGUUGUCUGCAAACCCAGAAGAAGAUGGAUAUCCUCUUACUGUAUCUGAAUAUUCAGGAACAGCAGGUGACUCGCUGGGGAAGCACAGUGGCAUGAAAUUCACCACCAAAGAUAUGGACUACGACCACUCCGAGAACAAUUGUGCCAGCUUCUACCAUGGGGCAUGGUGGUACCGCAACUGCCACACAUCCAAUCUAAAUGGCCAAUACCUGCAUGGGCACCAUGCUUCCUAUGCAGAUGGCAUUGAAUGGUCCUCCUGGACAGGUUGGCAGUAUUCGCUCAAAUUUACAGAGAUGAAGAUUCGUCCCCAGAAGGAAGAGAAGUGACCUCAUCCUUUUCUCUCUGUGGCAGUUUUACAGGGGGAUGGCGAUCUUUUAUGGACAUACUCAUGAUGGUGAGCAUCUUUGUACAGUUAGAGGAGACAUAGGGGACUGGAGAAUGCACAUCUGUUGCUAUCAGUGUUUCCUUUACUGAGCAAACUGCCAAAAAUAUUUUAGGAGCACAACAGAGUAGAGCAAAAAUGGAGAUAAGUGGUAGAGACGGUGAAGAACUGGAAUAAAAAUACAGGGACAGGGCUAGGGAAUUAAAUGGUUGUUGUCCCCAAUCCGGUGCUGCCAUUAUGCUUGCCACAGUCACAUUUCCUGUCAUUUAUUGCUCUGAUGUGAACAUUUGAAGAGACUUAAGUGGACAAUGCCUGGUAUCUAUUAAGCAAUCAGUAAAGGGAUCCAAUGAUUCUAAUAUAAAUGAGACACAUGGGGCCCCCUGGUCUACAAAGUAUAUUGUGUGUCCAAAGCUUUUAUUAUGGUGUCAGUAACCCGAUAAUGACCUAAUUAGUGCCAGCAACAUCCUGCCUAGCUGUGUAUCGCUGGUGUCUAUCUUGGUGUGUUGCUGGGGUUUUAACCUUGAGAGACAUUGCAGGACAUUCAAUUCGUCUCUCUGAAUCCUACAAUCCUGGGGACUGGCAAUGGUAUUCACCUCUCACUGUAUCCUGUUUUCUCUUGCUUUGUUGUGGUACCUUCCAGCCUCCUUACUUGCUGGAUGUUAAAGUUUAGUAUGUUUUGUACAACAUUCCCAUUUUUAUCUCCCGGCUUUGUUUUGAAGAGUAGUGGGGGACGGAGGUGAGGUGCCACAUUCACCAGGGCACAGGGUGUCAUGUGACUGGCAAGUCAGGCAAACUACUGUGCCCCCCACAUAAUCUAUGGAGCAAAUAUUAUAACUUACUGUAGAAAUCACUAAUGUGAGGAAGGGCAAAAGCUUCUUGCUGAAAUGUCCGGUAUCCAGCAGACAACCAAAAUCACUAGAUAACUGGCAACAUCCGAGCUGUAUAGCAACACCUCCCAUAAUAAGAAAGUUGCACUUUUUUCUUUUAAGAUGAAUUGUUUUCAAAAGCACUUUCAUGCUACAUCUGAUCUAAAUACGCUGAAGUACCAAAGACUAGAUGCAGUGUAUCAAUAUCAGGGCCUUGUUCUUCCUCUGCCCCUACUGGUGCUGUAACAAACCACACAUGGAAUAAUAAGCAGUUUUGCUGUCUAUAAUGACGUAUCUGACAGAAGGGCAGUAAACAGAAUAUAUUCAAGCCAAGCUGGCUGUAUUAUGUGACAACUUGCAGGGAAGCAGCUGAAACCCUUUUAACCCGUUGUCUGCCAUCAAAAGAUGGAAUGCAUUGCAGACCACAGUCAAGGGGUUAAACUUCAAAGCUACAAAAUACUGGGGUUUUAAACUGCUGUACCUCAUCGGCCGUCUAUUAAAGGGACGCCAGCACAUUUCAGUUUCAAUUAGAUAAAUAUUUGCAAUAUACUCUGUUAAACAAAAAUGCUUCUAGCAAAAGCAAUCUUGUUUUUAGUGACAAAAGCUAUCACUACAACAUUACUGCCUAAUACCGUAGACUGCAAAUAGAAACUGAAAUGCACUGAUGGGGCUUCAAUUUCCCCUAGAAUAUCAUAUUAAAUAACGUCAUGAUUUUAUCCAGAAAUUACUGAAUAUACUUUUAUACCAAUUUAGUUUAGGCAUAAGUUUAUUAACGCACCACCUAGACCUGGGGCCAAAAGCCGAGCCUUUCCGGUGCAGUAGUAAGUUUGCACUGACCCUCACCUCUUGUCCCUGCACAGUUGGACAUUCUGUAAUGAGUAAGGUUCGUGCCGCCAGCUUGUGAAAUCAUUAACGCAUUUGCGAACAAUCCCGUCUAAGUUACCUGUGCUGUGGCAGCUGGCUUUGUAAACAAGUGUUUUGUAAAUUAAAGGAACCCAAGCGAAUAUAACCUGGCAGUUAAUAGAGCAUGAUGACGUUUGGUUGGUUAAACCUGGAAAAAAAGCGUGAAAGGAAAAUAAGUGAAUGGGAUUCUUAUUAAAAUGCAUAUUCUGCUAUUGGAGAACAAACCUCCCUCCCCCCUCUCUUGACAAGUAAAAUGAUUUGCUUUUAAUGUCUUGGUUAAA